AUGAUUUGUUUUAUUUUGCGUCAUCAACAUCAGAUCUUGUUACAAUGUCAAAUUCCCGCAUUUUUUAACAACACCCACUUUUUGAAUUUAAAUUCUCAUUGGCCGUUAAAGUUCAUAUCUAAUAUUUUAGCAAGAGAAUACUCGCCGGCCACUUACCGAAAUAGAAGAACAAAACGACAAAAUUGUUUGAAGUCAAUUUUCAUGGUCCAAAUUUUUAAAUCUUACAAGCACAAAACAUUUAAUUUGAACAAUAUUGAAGAAGAGUUUUCCAACCAUAUUAGCAUCACUUGCAUCAGCCAUCUUCAAGCACGUUCUAAAUCUGUAUCGGAGUACAAAAUCAAUUUCAACAUUUUAACUUCAGAUCUAAGAAUUGUUUAA